AUGUCCUGCGACGACCAGCAUCCACGAUGUGGACACUGUGUAAAAGCUGAUCAGCAGUGCAUCCGCAACCCAAGGCGAUCUCGAUACACUCCCAGACCUCGAAGUUUUGGUCUACAGCAGAUUUGGGUGCCCGUUCCGCCGAAAGUUGACUUCGUGGAUGAGACCCCUUUGCUGCAACAUGGCAAGGCCUCUGACAAUCGCUCAAGUGCUGUUCAGCUGGAAUCUCCCCAUCAGGCGCAGCUUUGCCAGCCGUCGAAUGACGGCCCAUUGAAUAUCACAUCACCGUCGCUGGCUGAACAAACAUUCUCCAACGAACAUAUCGAGCUAUCACAGCGUCAUGCACCGAGGACGCCCCAGGACGACUCGCCCUUUCCCACCAAAGAGUCUGCCGAAUUGAUGAGAUACUUCAUCGACAAUUGUGCUUGCUUCUUCGAUUUCAGUGACGCUGACAGACAUUUCGCGUACCAUGUUCCGCUUCGAGCUCGCCGAAAUGCGACCUUGGCGAAUGCUAUGCUGGCGCUGGCUGCUCGACAUCGGAGUCGGACAGGCGAUUUUGAACCUUUCGCUGCCGACAGAUACUACAACGCCUGCCUUCAAACAAUGAUUCCUAAGCUUGGAGAUAGCACCGCGAUCCGGGACGAUGAGCUGCUCGCGGCCAUAGUCAUUCUACGAUUGCUGGAAGAGAUGGAUGUGCUGAUAGUGGGAUUGGAUCCUCAAAAACACCUCUUCGGAACCCAAGCAAUCAUCGCAGCAUCCCAAGCUCACUCUCAAUCGCCGAUGACAGCUCUGAGAAAGGCGUGUUACUGGGCAGCCUUUCGCCAGGAAAUAUUCAUGUCCCUGUCUACGCAGAGACCAUUUAAACUCAUUUUGCCUGAGAUGAAGCCGCCUCAAAGCCCGUCUGAUGACUGGUCAUGGGCGCUCCGAGCGACAUAUCAAUGUGGCAAAGUGCAAGCGUUCGUCUUUGAUGAGGAAUUUGCCACCGUAUCAAGAUAUCUUCAAUUGGUGGAAGAGAUCGAGCAAUGGCAAAGAGAGUGCCCGAUGUCCUUUGAUCCUGUCUAUCAGGAAACCAGUAGGCUGGGGGACUCUUUUCCAGACAUUCGACUCCAGUCGGAUUGCCAUGUGAUGGGUUGGCAAUACAUAAUCAUGGCACAUUUGCUGCUAAACGCCCAUCGACCGUUGCCGCGAGUUGGUCCAUCUCAUAAACAAGAAAUGAUGGACAUGGAAAAGGUAGUCAAGAAAGACGUCAAGACAUUAUGCGGAAUAGCCCGAUCAAAUCCCCAAACUCCUCCGGCAAGUCUAGUGGCUUGCAUGGUUGGAGAUCGCUUCGAUUCCGAGUCUGAGCAGGCGCUCCUCAGAGAUCUCCUCCUUCAGACCGAGCUCUCCACAGGGUGGCCGACCUGCAUGGCGCGGGUGCGGCUCGAACAGACCUGGAAUUGGACGCGGGACACCCCGCACUAUCCAAAUUGA